AGAGGAAGAAAGGGAGGGGCCAGCAAACUCUCACGGUAGGACACACAAGCACCGGAACACAACGUGAUGACGACCAUGAUGCGCAAGUCCUCUUCAACGUCCGCGCAGGACGAGGACAAGCACUACAAAAUGUGCAAGAAGAUCGCGCAACUCACGAAGGUGAUUUACACCCUUAACAACCGAUCAGAGGAUAAUGAGCAGCGGACGGCGUGGCUGCAGCAACGGCACACCGCGGAGCUCACCAGACUCGCGCGGGAGUACGAGAAACAGAUCGAGGAGCUGCAGAGGCAAGCGAAGGCGCUGCAGACGGAGAAGAUGAACCUCGCCGGUUCCUUAGAGGCACAACACAAGGAGGAGCUGCGGAACGCGCAGGCGAGCUUUCAGUCUCGCUUUGCGGAGCUCACGGAUCAGGUCACCGAGCAGCUCGCGCAGUUUGAAUCCGUCCUGCGGGAAAACAAGCAGCAGAUGGUAGCGGAGUGCGCGGCGGAGGCAAAGCGGAUCCGCGAAGGCAAGGAUACGGAGCUGGCAAAGCUGGUGCAGGAGUACAACGACAAGUACAAGUCGAUGCUGGCCGAGCAGCUGGACAGCCGCGACACAUUAGAAGAUGAACUCAACAGGAAAUGGUCGGCGAAGGUGCAGGCAUUGGAGGAACAACUGGAGGCCACCCAAGGCGGCAAAGAUCGUGAAGUGCAGGCGAAGUCAAGACUCCUGCAGGAGGCGCUGCAAAAGUGUGCUGUCUUCUCGAACGAGAAGGACGCGCUGACGUCUCAACUGGAGACCGCACAGACGCAGGCGCGCACCCUGCAAGACGAGCUGUCGAAGGCCGUCGCGGACUUGGGCUCCGAGCGACAUCAGCGGAAGGCAGUGGAGGAGUGGAAGGCCAAGCUGGAAACGCAGCUGACGAACCUGCAGCGUGAAUUGGCUUCCCUCACGGAGCAGCUCGGCGAAUCGCAAGAGGCGCUCACGGCGGAAAAGGCGAGCCACUCCCGCAGCACGGCGUCUCAGAAGGCGUUAGAAAACGAAAAGGCGGUGCUCUCUGCGGCGAAAGACUCCGCCGAGCACGAGCUGGCAGAGUGCAAGGAAAGUCUUGCGAAGUGUGCGGCGGAGCGCGAUGCCACACGCAACGAGCUGGACACGCUGCGCUCCUCCGCGGAGGCCAAGACCUCCUCACUGAGUGAGCUCACGGCGGCGCUCUCGACAGCGCAGUCCCGAAUCACCGCGCUGGAGACAGAGUUAGAGACCGCAAUGCAGCAGCAUGCGAGUGACACGGCGCAGGCGCAGCGGCGGUUAGAGGAGGUCAAGCAACAAGCGACGGAGGAGGCGAAGGCAGCGGAGGCGAAGCACCAGGAGGAGCUCCGCAACGCGCAACGUGACCUCCAAUCAGCCUCGACGUCAGCGCAGCAGCAGCUGCUGGAGACGUACAAGACGCAAAUGGAGACCAUGGAGCGCCAGCACACGGCGCAGGUCCAGCAGCUACAAACGCAACUCGCGGCGGCCACGGAGCAUCACCGCGACGUGUCGGGGAAGUUGUCACAGGCAUCAGCGCAAGUGACCCGCCUGGAUCAGCGCUGUGGGGAGCUGGAGACGCAGCUCCGAGCACAGAUGCAGCAGACGGCGGAGGAAAAUGCACGCGCUGCGGAGCAAGCCGCACAGCUGCGUCGGGAGCUGGAAAUUGCACGGAGCGGCAGCCGCGAGGAAGCGAGUGCGCAGCAAGCCGCGCUGGAGCAGCUGCGCGCUGAAUACGCAGCCGCCCAAGCGGAGGCCGACGCGGCGCACGCGAAGGCCCUUCAAGAGCUGCGCAAUGGGGAAGGAGAGCGAGUUGAGGCUAUACAGCGGGAGCACGUGGCGCUGCUGCAGUCCCUCCAGAAGGAGCACGCUCUGUCGUUGCAGCAGGCGAGAGACGAUGCGGCAUCGCAGUUGACGUCCACCGCCCGUGACGCCGCUGCCCGCCACGCCGUACAGCAAAAGGAACUCAUCGACAAGUUGGAGGCCCAACGCGCUGCCGCCGCCGCCACCGAACAGGAGCGGCUCAGCCAAAUUGCGAAGCUGGAGGGUCAGCUACGUGAGCUGCAAGGCACGUCGUCUGCACAGCAGGCGUCAUCAUCCAAUCAGCUGCAGCAGUUACAAAAGCAGCUCGCGCAGCUGCAGGACACGUUGCUGAAGACGCAGGCCGAGGCGGCUGCCACCCUUGCUGCGGCGCGCAAAGACGCGGCUGCGCAGCGGCAAGACGACAUCGCCUCCUUUGAGGCGAUGCGCCAACAACAGGUAAACUCGGAGCGGCAGCGCUACGAUGCUGCGGCUGCCGCCCAUCGCGAGGAGAUUGCGAAGUUAGAAAACCGCAUGAAGGAGCGGGUCUCCAAUGCGGAGGAGCGUCUGAAGCUCACCGUGGCCCAGUACGAGGCACGGCAGAAGACGAUGCUGCAGGAACACGAGGCGGAUCUCCGCACGGCUCACGAAGUGCAGAUGCGAGAGGCAGCAGCGGCGCACGAGGCGGAACGGACGCGCCUGCAAAACGAAUUGUCGCUCGCCGAGGCGGGGCUGAAGGACCAAAGCGCGCGCACGUCGAACUGCAUGCAAACCAUCGCCGCUCUCACCGUGCAGCGGGAUAAGGCGUUAGAGGAGGUGCGCACGGAGAAGCGCAACAGCGCCGCCGCCCUCACGGCAGCGCAGAACAAGCACGCCGCCGACGUGGAGCUGCUUCACAUAAACCACCAGCAAGAGCUGAAUCGGUUCUCCGCUACUCACAAAUCUGUUGUGGACGACUACCUCAAGCAGCAGUCCGACGAGCGGGCGGCGCAUCAGGCGCUGAUGGAGGCGAUGCAGCAGCGCAUGGAGGAGCUGCAGCACAAGUACGACUACCGCGAGUCGCGCAGCGAGGAUGUGGAGCUGAUCAAUCGGCUGCUCGUCGACAACAAGGAGAAGGAGGUGGCGCUGACCAGGGCCUACGAGGACAUGCGCCUGUACAAGCUGGAGCUCAUGAACCGUGAGGAGAACUAUAACAAGGUGUUCCAUCGCAGCCCUGCCGUGGCCGACUACUCGGGCGUGGCCGAGGCCGUUGCAAAGAAGCAGCACACGAGUCUCCCAUUCAUCAGCGCUGCCCGGAAACAGUCCACGCGGUAG